UGUGUAAACAUGCGUUUAUCAGUGAAAAGAUAAAAGUUGAGGUCAUUUCAUACAAACUAUUAAAAAUCAUGGCGACUACACCACUUGUUUUUAUGGUAACACUUUUCGGAUUUGGUAAUUGCGAUUUUACUUUUAUAGGAAAUUGCCCGGCAGCAAAUCCAAUGGUUGAUUUCGAUGUGUUUGAAUUUUUAGGACUAUGGUACACCAUUGAAAAAUCCACAUCUACUGUCCCUUGUCUUCAGUACGGUAUACUGGAGAACCGAGAACGACGGGGACAGUUUCAAUAUUUCGAAAUCGACCUAGAUGAGAAGUCGCGCCACAAGUAUAGAACCAGUGAGCUUCUGGUGACAGGUCUAAACAGUGGCACCAUGCUUCUGCGACAACCCAGAGAGCAGCAAGCGAGUCACUUUGUUGUACUUGAGACGGACUACAAAACCUAUGCCAUCACCUUGACCUACAAACAAGUGGCAUCUGCGUGUAAGCUGUCUGCAAAGAUUCUGUCACGGAAUCCGGAAUUGGACGAGAAUACGAUGGAACAGAUUAGACAUUUACUUUCGAGUUAUAAUUUAACAACAUCGGUUCGUUGCUACGAACCUCCAGAAACUAGCACCGUCGAGCCGCCUACUACAUGGAAAUAUCCCUUCAUACGCUUUUAGGAUUGUGAUAUAUUGUAUCGUUCCUCAGAAUACUUGUAGAAAAGGAGGAGGCAAUAGAAUGCUAGACGCCACUAAAAGCUUGUUUCGGACCCUUCUGUCUUAAUUGCCACCUCACCUAAAUGAUGUUUCACAAUGGGAAUAAUGCUCUUGACAAGUCAACAAAAUGUAACUUAUCCAAAAUUGAAAUUCGAGGUUGCGCGUUUCGCAUUCCUUUUUUCCUACGCAUUAUAAGAUAUUAAAACAAUUUUUUCG